AUGGCUCAUCCAGGAUUUGUGGGGAAAUGCGUUCUCGCGCCUAUGGUUAGGACGGGAGAGCUGCCAACUCGACUGCUGUCUUUAAAGUAUGGCGCCGAUGCUGUAUGGGGCCCGGAGACUGUUGAUAAGGGCAUUAUCGGCUGCACGAGAGUCGCCAACCCUCACUUCGGCACGAUCGAUUUCGUCAAGCGCACCAACAACGGUACCGGAGAGGACCGAGUGGUAUUCCGAACGCACGCAGAACUGGAAAAGGACAAGUUGAUAUUCCAAAUCGGCACGGCGGAUCCACAGCUGGCAGUGGAGGGUGCUAAAAUCGUGGUGAAUGAUGUGGCGGGAAUCGAUGUGAACGCUGGCUGCCCGAAGCAUUUCAGUGUUCACUCUGGGAUGGGUGCGGCUCUUCUCAAGAACCCGGACAAGCUUGUGGCCAUCCUCACUUCGUUGGUCAAAGAGGUUGGAAAACCGAACAACGUGCCGGUAUCGGUCAAAAUCCGGAUCCUCGAUACUCAGGAGGAGACGCUCACUCUAGUACGCCGGCUAUGCGCCACCGGCAUCGUCAGAGUUACAGUCCACUGUCGGACCACGCCCAUGCGGCCUCGAGAGGCAGCGAUCAGAGACCAGUUAAGGGAAAUCGUCAAAACCUGUCACGAGGCGGGUGUUCAGUGCUACGCCAAUGGAGAUGUGAAGUCACGUUCGCACGCCGAAGAGCUCAUCGAAGAAUUUGGUGUUGAUGGAUGCAUGAUUGCCACUGCGGCGGAGGCCAAUCCUUCCUGCUUCCGCAGCGAGGGUGUAUUGCCGUGGCAGGAGGUUGCAGAGGAGUUUCUGAAGACUUGUGUGAGUAUCGGAAAUUGGACUUCGAACACGAAGUUUUGUCUCUCGCACCUUGUUCCCGGGAAGAACAAGAUGUACAGCGAGGUCACGCAAUGCAGGACCAUGGAAGCCAUGUGCAAGCUCUUCGGGGUGGCAUAUAGUCCUCCCCCAAGUAGCACAGAAUCAGGAGAGACGUCCGCUCGAAUCGUCUCGAAGUCGACUGAGAAGGCGCAGCAGACAUCAGAAACGGCCAAGGCAGCUGGGGGCUCUGGCUCGAAUAGGGGUCGGACAGGGAAGAAGAAACUCAGCGAGCGGGGUGUCACUGCGAAGCAUACUCCAUCGCCGUCGGAGCCGCCGCCACAGUUGGUUGAUAUUUAG